AUGAUGGAGACAAACUACAUUCUCAACAUCAUCAAUGGCAUUAGCUCGUACCCCCAUUGCUUACGUCUAGUCGCCUGGUUAUUCCGGUUUUUUGAUUCGUCCAGCAAGAAAUCAAGGUUCACUACCGCUUCACCAUCGCCUGACGAAUUGCGACGCGCUUCACAUUGCUUAACAUGGAACGUUCAACAGCAUCACUUCUCUGUCGACUUUCAGUUACUAAAGAAAAAUCGAUCAUUAAAAAGUAAUUUAAAAUUUUUGACUCCAUUUAUAGACACUUCGACUGGAUACGAGCUUAUCAAGGUUGGUGGCCGUCUGGACUACACCGAAUUACCAGACAGCCAAAAACAUCCAUUGCUGUUGCCCAGUAAUUCACAAUUUAUUUUGACGUAUGUACGCCAUUUACAUCUUCGCAAUUACCAUGCAGGCCCAAAAGCCUUAGUCGCCUUGAUCCGCCUUGAAUAUUGGAUUGUCAACGCCAGAGAUUUGGCCCGUCGCGUCGUUCGUUCGUGUGUGCAUUGCGUUCGAUACAAGCCCACCUUGCUGCAGCAAGUAAUGGGACCCCUACCAAGAGAGCGUGUCCAACCAACACGUCCAUUUGAACGCUGCGGAAUCGACUUUUGCGGACCAAUAAGCACUUACCUGCGAGUCCGAGGAAAGACACCUACCAAAUCAUACUUGGCGAUAUUUGUUUGUCUUGUCACUAAGGCGGUUCAUAUUGAGGUGGUCUCGGACUUGUCUACAAAAGCAUUCCUGAACGCUCUAAAACGUAUGGGUGGUCGGCGAAAGAUGCCGUGCCACAUUUUCUGCGACAACGCCACGAAUUUUGUAGGAGCAUCCCACCAUUUGCAAGAGGUCAAACAAUUUUUGUUCAAGCACGAAACCCAGAACGAAAUUAACAAAUAUUGCUCUUCCGAUUUUAUUAAUUUCCAUUUUAUCCCACCUAGGGCACCCCAUUUUGGCGGCCUCUGGGAAGCAGCAGUUAAAAGCGCAAAGGGACUGCUCUAUCGCACAUUGGCUAAUACAAGAUUAACAUAUGAAGAACUGAGCACUGUAGCUGUGGAAAUAGAGGCCAUACUAAACUCGCGUCCGGUCUCACCGCUAUCAUCAGAUCCCAAUGACUUUGAAGCACUCACUGCUGGACAUUUUUUGGUCGGGUCAUCGCUACGUGCCCUACCCGAAAGCUCACUCGAAGAGAGAAAUAUCUCGAAUUUGGAUCGAUACGAUAUGAUUACGGCCAUCAAGCAACGCUUUUGGCGCCGCUGGUCUUCAGACUAUGUCAAUGAACUACGCUCACGAGUCAAGUGGACGACACCUACACCCAAUCUUGCAGAAGGUACGCUAGUGAUCAUCCACGACGAUAACCUCCCACCACAACGCUGGAAGCUUGGUCGCGUUGAGUCGACCGUACGUGGACGAGAUGGUCACGUUCGAGUUGUGCGCCUCCGCACUACUAAUGGGAGCUGUUGCCGGCCUGUUCACAAUCUUGCCAUCCAGCCAGUGUCUUGA